CCCAUUCAAUUCCAGAUUCAACAGUUUCACAUUUUUGUCUCUACUUUUCUAUUUCUACUUCUCUAGACGUUUGUAUCGCUUCUUUCUUAAAAAUGGAAAACCCAAUAAUAAUGAACAAAUAUUCUAUUGAAAGGACUUUAGGCAAUGAAAUUAAACCAUAUAACUAUGAUGAAUUUGUAAAGAAUUUCAAGAUAAACAUAAUUAGCCGCUCUGACAAUGAUUUGGAGUUUGAUCUCAUUGGCAUUGAUGUAGCUGUGGCUAAUAGUUUAAGAAGAGUUAUUAUAUCUGAGGUAAUAAUGUCUAAAAUAUUAACUUAAUAUCGUUUAUUGGUUAAGGUUGUUUAUUUUUGAA